GUUACACAGUUCUCCUUCUCCGGCCUGGCCCGCCAUAGGACUUCCGCUGUGACCUGCGGAAGUACGGCAGAGGGAAGCUACUUUGAGACCGUUACAGUUCCCUGGUCAGAGCUAGCCAUGACGAGGACUUCUACGUGCAUAUACCACUUUUUUGUUUUGAGCUGGUAUAUUUUCCUCAAUUUUUAUAUCUCACAACAAGGAGAGGAUCGGCGGAAAUCCGAAGUCUUUCUAAAUGGUGGACAAUGGAAGUACUUAACAUUCCUUAACCUGUUCUUGCAGGCCCUUUUCUACGGGGUGGCCUGUCUGGAAGAUGUGCUGAAAAGAGCUAAAGGGAAAAAAGACAUUAAGUUCAUAACAGCCUUCAGAGACCUGCUUUUCACCACGCUGGCUUUUCCGAUAUCUGCAUUUGUAUUUUUGUCAUUCUGGAUCCUAUUCCUCUACGAUCGAGAACUCGUUUACCCUAAGGCCCUAGAUGGUAUCUUUCCAGUGUGGUUGAAUCAUGCAAUGCACACAUCUAUAUUGCCCUUCUCUCUGGCUGAAGUCAUCCUCAGGCCACACUGCUAUCCACUGAAGAAGAAAGGACUCGCCUUGUUGGCUGUUGCUAGCCUUGCUUAUGUCAGCAGGGUUCUAUGGAUCUACUCUGAGACGGGUACAUGGGUGUAUCCCGUGUUUGCCAAACUCAGCCCAGUGGGUCUAGCAGCCUUCUUCUCUCUCAGCUACAUCUUUAGCGUCGGCAUCUACCUAUUUGGAGAGAAGCUCAACCACUGGAAAUGGGGUGACACGAUGCAGCCAAGGAAGAAGAGAAAGUGAUUAGACACCAUUUUCCAAGAACUAAGGAAGAAGAAAACAGGAGAGUUUUUUUCAUCUUUUUUUCUUCCUGGUGCAGGGAGGUGGUGGAGCAACAUAGGAAGGUAAAAAGGACAGGGAGUGAUAUUUAAAUUUCAUAAAAGAGUUAUGAAGGUAGCUGAAUUUGAGGACUCUUGUCUUUUUAAAACUUUUACUGGACACACCCAAAACAAUUCCUGCUGUCACAGAAUUUGUUACAUCCAUCUGACCUCUGUGGAGGAUGGUCUGUGGUCAACAUCUGGCCAAAAGCAAAAAAAAAACUCACGUAAAUGUGGUGUUAGAGAAUGUUUAGAGAGAGAAAGGAACUUAGGAUCACUCAAACUAUUCACUUUACAGAGGAGGAUGCUAAGGACCUAGAUGAGAAGUUACCUGCAUGAGGCCAAAGAAUUAGCGUCAGAACCAAAAUAAAAGCUUUUGUCUCCCAUAUCUUCUAACUCCCAGUCCUGGGCCAUUUUUGAAAAAUCCCCAUUUUCCUAAAAAGAGGCCCUUUCAUAAGCUAGUUACUUUCAUGGAUUUCUCAUCUACUUUUUUCUCAGUCUAAAUGGAAAUGUAGGGAGAUGGCUGCUUCUGAAGUUGUCUGUCUACCUAGUAUAAUAGCAAAUUAACUGGGGCAAUGAGAAAAUAAGUUAUAAAAAAUAUUGGUGAAUCUGUCCCUCUUGUGAGCAAGCAUUUGGGGCAGGUAAACAUUGAACACAGUGAUACUGGCAAAAUCUCUUCCACUGGUAUAUUGAUUAAUUUGUCAAAUAAAUGUACAUAUUCUACUUGGGGAUAAUCUGGAUGGGAGGUGGUAUGAUUAUGAUGACUGCUGAGACUGCUGUAAGUACAAAGCCCUUUGCUGGGACAGUUUACGGUUUAACAAAGCUGACCGUCAGCUGAUUAACAAGCACACUCAUGAACCCUGCCUUAAUUUUCCUAGAGGAUUCUUCUCGGUCUUUAUUUACAGACACAUUCUGUAAAGAACACAAAUGACUGGUGGUAGGUAAACAUGUUCAAGUCCAUCGAUGGGUCAACAGGCCCAUGUGGGUUGGGUGUGGGCACCAGAGUAAAUCGUACUUGGGCUUCCCAACCUAACAUUAUAGAGGAAAAAUCUGGUUGAAAUGGACACCAAGGGCAGUCUGAUAGGCUUAGAGAAGAGAGCAGACUAUCCCAACAGGGCAGGUAGUCCAAGGCAAGACUAGGACAGGCACCAAGCAAACUGCUUGAAACCUACUCCUCUACAGUUAUACAAAUAUGAGCCUCAAGUCUUUGGAUUGAGCUGGGAACACCACCUCUUUUCCCACACCUGCUGCUUCUUGACUGCUCCUAGCACCUGUCUCAGCAGGAGCCCAGAAGCAGUUGUCACAGUGGAAAUUCUCCAAAUGUGAAGCCCGCAGGGGAUCACCCAAAUCUUCCACACCCCAAAGAUGACUCGGGCUGCAUACUUCUCGGAGUCAUAGUAAGCUCUUGGCUGUGAUGAGCCUGCAGAUUUCUAUCUGUGGUUUCACUGUCCCCAGGACCAAAUUAAACUGUGGUUGCUGCAUGACUGGCCACUGUGCAAUAUCUAUUCCAAUACCAGAAACACCUCAGAACCAUUCCCCAUUGAGUGUAUACGUAAGCACACAGUGCUUCCUUGGUGCUGGUGUAGCUUAAGAAAGGAGAAGCAACAAAACACCUGUAAUGAACACUGACUAAACAUUCAUUAAAAGGGAGACCGUAUUACCUGCCUACAUAAGGCUGUGUUUGGCCCUUAGUGGUUAGAAAACAACAAUACAAACCAAAUGAUGAGAAAACCAGCAAUAAUACUUGUACACUGUCAUGUAAUUUAGAGCCACUCUCACCUCCAUGACCUCGUUUUAUCUUCACAAAAGUCUUAAAAGUAGAAAAUAUAUUGUGUCCUCAUUUUACAAAUGAGCAAACUGAGUUUCUGAUGUUGGUGUGCUGUAAAUGUUUAAAAUCCAACUCUCUGGAAAAAAGAAAACUUUAAGGCCCUGAUUUAUAGCUUGCCCAUUGCUAUGGUGUAAACACUCCAACAUGACCUUUUUCAAGCUACCAACAUGUCAGUGAACGCAGAGUUGGGAAGAGAGACACAGAACCACUGAAUCCUUGUGGGCCUGUACAAACUCUCUCCAGCACACUACUGGGUUCAGAGGAAGGGAAAAAAAACCGAUCCAAGGUCACACAGAUGGUUGAUUCCCAAGCCCACCUUCCUUCCUCUUUAUUACAGAACAAAGCAGGAACUGAGCAUCUGGAAGCCUUUAUUUUCAAAAGCAAAAAUGUAUGUACAUCUGCAAGGUUACACAAAAGAAGGGGUUAGGGACCCCAACUUGGUGGAAACUCUCACCCAUACAGGCAGGGGGAGGAGCUACACUACUGCUUCGUGGACUGGUCCAUACCUGUGCUUACAUUCUGGAGUUGCUAUCUCACAUGUGACACCAAUUUUGAGUUUGGGGAGAAGACUUACCUUGUUUGCCUAAACAAUAUAUUAGCCCCAUGUUCCCUGCAAAUGGGUCAUACAUUUCUCAAGCUAUUUUUGGGUCCUCUGCACCUACUCGCUUGCAAUACUUGUCAUAACAGGAAGUCAGUUUCAUAUACUGUAAUCCCUAAACACGCUGCGCCUGCACAUGGGGAGUGUGAGGCGGGGCAAGGAAAGAGUGGGGAGGCUGGGCCUCCCAGAAGGCUGCCUGGAUGAGCACUGAACCCAUCCCAAGUCUGGGUAUCCCCCCUGCGAGGGCACAAGUGUCAGCAACCAGAAUCCAUAUCCAGAUAUUAUUUCCCAUUCUCAUGCAGUUGGUGGUUCCUUUUUUUUUUUUUAAUAAAGCAUUUGAGUAGGCAGCAAAGCCAGUCAGAACUGUUUAUUUAUAGCUGUGGAUUUUCAAUGCUGUAUAAAUUAGAAAUCAUUGCUGAAUGAGGCCCGCGCCCACUCACACACCCAGGGCCGCUAUCUAUGAGUCCUUUCACACAGUUUGACUAUACACAGUCUAAAAUGGGAGAAAAUGACAUGCUCCAAGUCAAAUGAUGGAGUCACAGCUAAACUGCAAAGCAGAAAACCAGCAAUUAUUUUUCUUCAGCACAAUA